AUGAGAAACAUUCUGAAUGACUCUGAGACUUCAGGCAACAUUUCUCUCUGCUAUGAUUCUGUGAAUAACUCUUGUCCUAAGUUCACAUAUCCAAUUGUUAUUCAGGCUUCUCUUUAUAUUUUCUUUGGAAUGACAGUGGUAGCAACAGUGGUUGGUAACCUGCUGGUCAUCAUCAGUGUCCUCCAUUUCAAACAGCUCCAAACACCUACAAACUACCUUAUUCUCUCCCUGGCCAUUGCAGACCUGCUUGUGGGUGGCAUUAUAAUGCCCCCUAGUGUGAUAAGGACGGUUGAAUCAUGCUGGUAUUUGGGAGAAUUGUUCUGCAAAAUCCACAGUGGUAUUGAUGUGAUGUGUUGCACUGCUUCAAUUAUCAUUUUGUUAAUGAUAUCUUUUGACCGUUACUAUGCUGUAUGCCAUCCACUGCUGUAUAAAUCUAAGAUAACAUUUUCUACUAUUGGGAUAAUGACUUCCAUUAGCUGGGUUGUACCAGCUGUAUAUGCUUAUAUGCUGACCUUUCAAGAGUUAAACAUUUCAGGAGUCCAAGCAUUCUCUAACAGUGCUGUAUGUGAGGGUAGCUGCAUUUUAUUACAGAGUAUGCUUGCAAGUGCUUUGGCAAGCACAUUCUACAUCCCUUGCAUUAUAUUGGUCAGUAUAUAUGUAAAAAUCUUCCUUGUAGCACAGGAACAGGCACGAUCAGUUCAAAUCAUGAAUGCCACUCGGAAGUCGUCAUUGACUAAAAUGGAGAGGAAGGCUACCAAAACCCUUGCUAUUAUCAUGGGUGUAUUUCUGUUAGCAUGGAUACCCUAUAAUCUUGUUUUUACGAUUGAUCCACAUUUUGGUUAUACAACUCCACAGUUAAUAUUUGAUGUAGUCACCUGGAUUGGAUAUCUAAAUUCAACAUGUAAUCCUGUGGUCUAUGCAUAUUUUUAUAGUUGGUUCAGACAUGCAUUCCAAAUUAUAAUUUCGGGUAAAAUAUUUCAAAAGUGCUCCUCAAGAAUUCAGCUGUUUUCCGUGUGA